UUGUCGGUUCUUCGCGCUGGGUUGUUGUUUCAUGUUGCGUUCCUUCUAUCCGUAGACCACAGGGCGCUUUCAGCAGACAGCAUGUCUACACUUAGCGGGAGUUCCUCCUGCUGUCGCACUGCAGUAGUGGUGGGAAAAUAUUUGUCGAGUCCUUCUACGUUGGUGUUUGUUCGAAGCUCCGGAAAGCAGCCCCGGAGGGUGCUCGGCUCGCAACAGCGGCUAGUUAGUUCCGAUGCUCAGUGUAAGCGAGGAAAAGCGGCGGCUUCGGCCCUGCGAGAUUUUCAAGGCAGUUUCUACACAACGGACCGACAUUCCUUGAACAACCGAAGUCUAAUUUACCGGGACGUGAAGGUUUUUCUUAAUGAGAUCGGAGGAGACCCGAAAGAAGCGCGAUACUGGUUAACGCAGUUCCGCAGAGAAGCAUCGGGUCAGACACCAGCCUUUGCCGUCUUGGAGGUGGAAAGCUCAGUGUUUGACAGUAGGGAAAUGGUUCAGAAAUUAGCCUUUGGGCUCUCCUUUCUGCACCGCAUGGAUAUGAAGCCUGUUGUUGUGAUGGGGAGGUCGGACUGGGAGGAGGUCGGGUCUGCUGAUGUUGCUGUUGGCUCUAAAUGCACCCGGGGGCUUGUAGAGCGGUGCCAGCAACUUACUGAGGCUCUACAGCAGCACUCUGCUGCUGUUGUACCCUUCUUCUCUGCAGAAUCCUUUCUUUUACUGCAGGAACCUCCCCAUGGAAGCAGUGCUUCACCCUCUGUUGUGGUAGACACCAGCCUCCUCCAGUGGAGCCUAAACUGUGGCACAAUCCCAUUGGUUUGUCCGGUGGGCAGAGACAAACAUGGUUGUUCUCUGAUGCUCGACCCAGAGGAAGUGACUGCAGCAAUCGCUCAAGCUUUGCAGCCUCAUAAAGUCAUGUUUAUCAAUGAUUCAGGAGGCCUCCACUGCCACGACCACACGGUGGUGAGUAAGGUGUCGUUGCCUGGUGACCUACCCAGUCUCUCUAUGGCAACAUGGCUAAGCACAGCGGAGCGCCACCGAGUGCGCGCCAUUGCCAGGCUGCUUAAUCAGCUGCCUGCUGAGUCUUCGGCUGUAAUCACCUCAGCAGAAACUCUCCUGACUGAGCUGUUCAGCCAUAAAGGGUCUGGGACAUUGUUUAAAAAUGGAGAUCCCAUACACCGUUACAGCUCUCUAGAGGAGAUCGACGUGGAACGUCUGCUGGCUCUCAUCAAUAAGUCUUUUGAGAAAACUCUAAAGCACGACUACAUUGACUCUCUGAAAGGACGGCUGCACUCAAUCUAUCUUUCCGAGGGCUACAGUGCAGCAGCCAUUAUCACCAUUGAGCCUGUGAAGGGUGGCACACCCUACCUUGAUAAAUUUGUCAUCAGCACAAAUAAGCAGGGACAGGGUACCAGCCAUGUUCUGUGGGAGUGUAUCAGACAAGAUCUGGGCAAACUGUUUUGGAGGUCCCGGGCCACCAACAAGAUCAAUCCCUGGUAUUUCAAACACUGCGACGGUAGUUUUGUUAAUGGUGUAUGGACAGUCUUUUGGUUUGGGCUAAGGGAUAUCAGGGAUUCGUAUGAUCUGGUGGAGUACGCUAGGAACCUUCCAGUCUCUUUCUACUCCUCGUCUUCCCCAGAAGAGGGAGGAGAACCGCUUGUUGCCUGCCAGUAGGGCCAACCUUCUUCUGAACUAUGAACUGCUUCCUCUAAGCUGCAGCCUGCACUCUGAGGUCUGUUUCGGAUGUGGGGGUCUUCAAGGCUGACAGUUGGUGGGUUCGGUGAUUUUAGUCCCGAUAGUAUGGAGUUGUCCCGUACCACCCCCCCGCCCAGAGAUACUCCUGUCAUUUCUGGACUUCUUCACCUGCUUGAACCUUGAGAAGAAAAGUUAAUGUCUUGUGAAAGCUUUCUUGACAUGCUACUAAUCAUUAUUUUUAUAUCCGGAGUUCUGGUUAUUUUAACUAAGGUUCGAGCUGAGGGUAAUGUUAAGAUGUUAAUGCACAGCGUGGUUCACAUGUGCAUCUAGAAACACAGAGACCGUGUUUAACACUAAGGUAGCUAAAUUUAAAGUGUUGGGGCUUUUUUACACCCAUCUGCACUGAGCUGAUGUCUUUCUAACUCCUAAAUGUUGCAUUGUAGGAGGAAAAAACAAAAGGUUCAGCAUGUGACAUUUUGCAGUGUAGCAAGGGUAAUGAAAGGCUUUUUCUAGCCUAUGACCGACUGCUUUGGUGGGCAGGGUUGGUGCUGUGUAGUGGAAAAGUGAAGGUCUGUUGGCACAUUGAGAAUGCUCGCACAGCCAUUUCACAAUACAGCCAUCAUCUUUGAUCUGUAUUUGUUUUAUUGGUUGACUUCACAAGGUCAUGAGAACACGUUCACUGAUGUAAUUGCAGUUUCCCAGAAUUUGUCUGGGUUACCUGGUAUUUUAAUACCAGCUUUAAAAAAAAAGUGCAUAAUGUUCCGUUAAAAAUGCUAUGUGCUGCUGGUGAAGGAGGUGAGUGUCAUGGCUUUUAAUGUGAAUAUAUUAAGUAAAUUCUCUGCUCAGCCUUAAUGUAUUUGACCUUGUGGUUCUAACGUAAUAUAGUACUUAGUAAUUUUUGCAAAAAAAAAAAAAAUAUAUAUAUAAAGUUGUACAUACCCCCCACCACCACCUUUCUGGCUGCUUUUUCUUAAUUUAUUUCCUGCAGGGAAAAAAAACAAACUGUUAUGAACUUUAAAUAACUGCAGUUAAUG